UAUAUAUAUAGAGAGAGAGCCGCAGCGGAGCAAUGAUUUCAAUGGUAAAUUACCGUACGAAAACAUCAUAAUUCUCUCAAAUAAAGAGAGAGAAAUCGAAAUCUCCACAAUUCCCGAAGCAAGCAAAAAGCGAAUUCCGCCAUGGGAGUGCCGGCCGCGGCGACGCUGAUAUUCACCUACGGCACUCUGAAGCAGGGCUUCUCCAACCACAACCUCCUCCAGGACCUCAUCUCCUCCGGCGACGCCGCCUUCGCCGGCUCCGGCCGCACCGCCCUCCGCCUCCCCCUCGUCUGCGGCCCCUUCCGCGUCCCCUUCCUCCUCGACCUCCCCGGCCGCGGCCACCGCGUCUCCGGCGAGCUCUACGCCGUCUCCGCCGCCGCGCUCGCCCGGAUGGACGACCUCGAGGGGAUCUCGCGCGGCCACUACGAGCGCCGCCCGAUCCAGAUCCAGAUCCACACCGACGACGACGCCGACACGGCGAUCGUCGACGCGGAGGCCUACUACGCGCACCGGAGCUACGCGGAGGCGAUGUGGCGGAGGAACGGCGGCGGCGGAGGAGAGGAGGAGGCGUAUAACUGCUACACGGAGAAGGCGGCGAGGGGAUACGUGAAGCGUAAGGAUCGGCCGCAGCAUCUCACAUUUCUCGAUCAAAUUCGCCUCUUUGUUUCGUCCGGUUCGGAUCCGGCCCACCCCGAACCCGUCCUUCUCUAGGAUCCGGGUCGGCCUCCUAUUUUCAUGUUUUUUUUUUUUUUGCUUCCACAAAUUUCUGUUUCUUUUUAUUGUUGGAUGAUUAAUUAAGAAAGGAACGGAAAAGACGUAAAGAAAUAUGCUUUUGAGGCAAA